UAAUAUAUGUCAUUGCGACCAUUGUUUCAUUCCAUUUUUCAGGAAAAUGCACUUAUUAGCAUUCUUACUCGGAAAAUUGAGCUCACGCGUGAUUGCCACGUGGACGCGCGGGGUCAUGACUUGGUGAAAAAGUCUCAUCGCGACCCCUCAAACGUCCUAAAUGUCCAACGACGGCGUCGUCAUUCCGUCUCUUAAUACCCCUUCCCGUCGUCUAUAUAUACCCCCACGCAAAUCGUAAUCUUCCAUUGGAAUUUUCUCUCUCUUGAAAAAGCACUUCCCCGGCGAUAUUAACCGGAAACGGAGAGACGGCGAGAGAACCAUCAACUACCGUCCGUUAAUGCCGGUUAAAGUAAUGAGGGGCAUUUGCUUCCACCCCAAAACGCCGUCGUUCGCCUCGCCCUCGAGGACGACAGCUCCUUCCACGCCGACUUCUCGGCACGGAGGGGGCAGCGUCAGCAGCUUAUCCGGUUCGGCCAUCGAGAAGAUCAUCCAAGAGGCGGCGGUGAUGGUGGAGAAGUGGAACCCUGAGGCGACCACCUACGCUAGGGUGACGUCGCUCUUCUACGAGAACAAGCGCGAGGCGGCGCACUUUGUCAAGUGCGUGAAUGGCCUGCAGCGCGCGAUGCACGCGUUGUUGUUGGAGGACCCGACCUCGGCGAAGCUUGUGACGGCGCAGGGCUUGAUGCAGGUCGCGAUGAAGAGGCUGCAGAAGGAGUUCUACCAGAUUCUGUCGAUGAACCGGGCACACUUGGACCCGGAGUCGGUGUCUGCUCGGUCCUCACGCGUGUCAGCGAGGUCAAGCAUCUCGGAUUACUCUGAUGACGGCUUGCCGGAGGAUGAUGCGAGUGUUGCUGGAGCCUCCAUCUUCGAGGUCGAGGAGGCGUCCUCAGUCGCCAUGGCGGACUUGAGGUCCAUCGCGGAGUGCAUGAUCACGUCAGGUUAUGCGAAGGAGUGCGUCAGCAUUUACCAAAUCAUUCGUAAAUCGAUCAUCGACGAAGGGCUUUACCGUCUGGGGGUCGAGAAACUGAGCCACUUGCGGAUCGGGAAGAUGGACUGGGAAGUCCUGGAGGUGAAGAUCAAGAGCUGGUUAGACGCAGUGAAGGUGUCGAUGCGGACUCUCUUUACCGGCGAGCGAAUCCUCUGCGAUCACGUAUUUGCGUCGUCGGACACUAUCCGGGAGUCCUGCUUCAGUGCCAUAUCCAGAGACGGAGCGAUGCUACUGUUCGGAUUCCCCGAGUUUGUGGCCCGGAGCAAAAGAUCGUCACCAGAGAAGAUAUUCCGCCUGCUCGACAUGUACAAUGCUAUCUCCGCACACUGGGUGGAGAUUGAAUCGAUCUUUGUAUUCGAGUCUACCGCCACCGUCCGAUCACAGGCCAUCACUGCGCUCGUCCGACUUGGCGAGUCGGUGCGGGCAAUGCUAGCCGAUUUCGAGGCUUCGAUGCAGAAGCGCUCUUCAAAAUCGCUGGUCUCAGGAGGUGGAGUCCACCCGCUGACAGUCCAGUCGAUGAACUCUCUCUCCCUUCUCGCGGACUAUAGCAACAUCGUGGUGGACAUAUUCGGCGAUGAGCCGGCACCAGCGGAAUCUCCAUUGCCAGAAUCUUACUUCGACAGCCCGCACAGGGAAGAUGGUCCCACAACGGUGAUAUCACAGCGGAUCGCGUGGUUGAUCCUCGUUCUCCUAUGCAAGCUUGACAGCAAGGCGAAGCGGUACAAAGACAUCUCAUUAUCGUAUCUCUUCCUCGCGAACAACCUCCAGCACGUCGUCUCAAAAGUUCGGGAAUCGAACCUGCACUCCCUGCUCGGAGAGGACUGGAUCACAAGGCACGAGAAGAAGGUGCGGCAGUUCGCAGCCAACUACGCGCGGCUGGCCUGGGAGCCCGUGCUGUCCACUCUGCCGGAGGAUCCGUCAGCGCCGCUAUAUCCGGCAGAGGCUGGGGAGCAUUUCAGGAGCUUCAACUCGAGCUUCGAGGAGGCAUACCGGAAGCAGAGGUCCGCCGUGGUGCCGGACCCGAAUCUCCGGGACGAUAUUAAGGCAUCCAUAGAGAGGAAGCUGGGGCGGGCAUACAAGGCGUUCUACGACAUUCACAGGCUGACCGUCGGUGGGGAGAGAAAUGGCGUGGCGUUUGCAAGAUUUGCUCCCCAAGAUAUCGGCAACUACAUAUCGGACCUGUUCUUCGGGUCAGGUGACUCGAGCAAUGCCUCCUCGUCUUCGUCCUCCUUGUCGUCACAUCGGCGGCGCUCCCACACAUCUCACUGAAGCCUGUAGUCCAUUCACAGCGACCGGACCAAUUCGAUCAAUCGGCCGGGAUCAUUUUUGACAUCAUAUGCGAACUAUACAUACAAAAAAUUCUGCUGUAUCGCUCAGUUAUGGUACCUUCAAGUACCUUCCAUCAUUGGAUUGGAUUGGCUCGUUCUCUGACAUAUAACAAAGGCCAAAUCCAACCGUGAUUGAGUUUUCAGGCACCAUAAAGCUCCAUAGACAGACAUAUACUCGUUUCCUUCAUUAUGUUGUACUUACGAUAGGCAAAAAUCAUACUUGAUUCAUGUAAAGAAUUAUUCCUUUUGGGAAUAGCGCUUUUUUUUUUCCGGUAGAGAAUUAACAUUUGCUUUUUCUUUUCUUGGUUAGAAGGAGGGUCACGUGUCCUAAUAAAAUAAAACUACACCACAUGGAAACGGGGUACGAAGACCCCAAUAAUAUCACUUAACGUAAGGUGGCCUUGUUCGAGAUUGAGUGAAGAAAAUGAACGCCAAGUGGAAAGGAUGAUGCUCUUUGCACAAGUCAAUCCGCCAUAGUUACCAUCCGUAUAAGUACGAGAAACCUGAAAUUCCGAGCUCCUGGACAUAAACUCCCUAACUUCAGCAAGAAUUUG